CCUCACCGUGAUCUUCUAAUGUGUGUGCGUCUAUAAGAGUAUUUAAAGCCAGGAGAAGCAGAGACUUUGCCUCCACAGCGUUCAUUCAAAUCAAAGCACAGGUGUUUGGAUUAAGUUUGAGUUUCCUGACUUCAUCAUGCAGCAGAUCUACAUGCAAAGCCAUGAAGAGUUCGAAGUGUUCACCACUGUGCUUUCUCCUCAAGUGUGUCGAAAGAGGGUGAUAUUCAAACACCAAGGAGAAAUGAUGGAUGUGGCAGCAGACUACAGUGCAGACUGUGAUGAAGAAGUGAGUGUUCGCGUCGGGGAGGCUGUAUUAAUGCUGUACCAGGAAAAUGCUGACUGGUGUUACGUGCGACUUCAUGGUGGCAAAGAGGGAUACUUGCCCACAGCCUGCUUUACUGCGAAGCAGGAUCCAUUAAGGCCGAUGGUGACUCCUCCGGCGCAGAGCUCAGUGUCUUCUAAUGAUCGCAGCAGAUGUGCAGGAGGGCGCUCUCUCCGGUUGCCCCGCCGCGCGUCUCUGCCGGCGGUACCGGCGGGCUCUCCUCGGUUACUACAGCGGCUGCUCUCUCGCCCGCGGCGGCGCAGCGACGGACAGGCCGUGCGCUCAAUUGGCUCCAUUAACCCGGCAUUUCACCCAGACUGACGAAAGCUCUACUUUUAUCAUUGGAAAUGGGUUACAGAUCGGCAGAAAUAGGACAGCGUGACACCAAUGUUUGUCACAGCUCCUUUUUCAGUUGACAGAAAAGGACUUUUUUGGGUGUCCUGAUUCGGGUUUGGGGUCUUGGUAACUGGUGGAAGGAGUCUUUACUAUUACUGGCCCUCAUGUAAAUAUUGUGAUCUUGAUUGCAAAGUUUUACAAUGCAGUUAUUAUGAAAUGACAUCACACUAUUAUUCAUCUACAAAGGUAUUUGAGUAUUUAUUUAGCCGGGUUUUAUCUGAUAUAAAUUGUAAUGUGUGUGUGUGUGUGUGUGUGUGUGUGUGUAUAUAGGCAAGUUUAUAUUUGAAAUGUGCAUGUGUAACCUAUUUAUGUUGUUUGAAAUAAAAUGCUAUAGCGGUUUUAAAGUU